GUCCUCCGGCGGCAGCUUGUUCGGCAGCGGCCCAGCGUCAGGAGGAGCAGCAGGAGGAGCAUCCCUCUUCGGCGCCGGCAGUAGCGGUGGCGCUUCGACAUUCGGAGGCGGCAGUGGCAGUGCUGGCCUGUUUGGCUCGGCUGCUUCCGGCGGAGCGACCGGGUUUUCCAGUGGGGGGACCGCUGGCGGCCUUGGCUUCGGCGCCGCGGGAGCGGCAGCAGGUGCAGGAGGUGAGCUCCAGCAAGCCAGGGCGACCGUGAUCGAGCAUCGAAAAGUCAGCGACCUCCUGCGGAUGUGGGAAGAGCGGAUUCAGAAGCAGGCUCAACAUUUCGAUGCCUUUGCAGAGCAAAUCUUAAGAUUCGACACCGACGUCAUUGCGAACGCAGCCAAGGUCAAGGUCCUGCGUGAAGAGCACGCGCAGCUGAAAGCCAGACAAGAGCUAGCGGAUCGGUCCAUUCAGCAGAUUUGGGAGCAGCAGGACUCAUUGGGCCGCCUCCUUGCGAGUUUGACCGAGGCUCUCCGAACUCAGCCGCAGCAGGCAGACGAGGCAGCGGGCAGUGCAGCCGCUCCGGUGCGUGCCCACCAGCGCUCUCUUGGAUUGACCAUGCAGCUGGACGAGUUGGAGCGCCAGGCAGAAGACUUGGCCCGGGAGACUGGAAAGGUGCAGUCCAACCUGUACAAGGAGCCGCUCACAACCGUCGUGCGGGUGCUUGAUGCCCAUGCAAGUGCGCUGGACGCCAUCCAAAAUCAGGUUGGCUCCGUCACUCAGCGGAUCCACGCUAUCGAGGGUGCCCUGUGA